AUGGGCUGUAUUAAGAGUAAGGAGGACAAAGGUCCAUCAAUAAAAUACAGAACAGAACCCAAGCCGGAGCCAAUCAGUCCGUUUGGCAAUGACCCAACACAAGCUGCACAGUCCCCGGCAGUCAAAGGACCAUCUACUAAUUUUAACAGCCAUUCCAUGACACCGUUUGGAGGUUCAUCUGGAAUAACUCCUUUUGGAGGAGCAUCUUCUGUCUUUUCACCAGUGCCAGUUCCUUACCCAGGAGGGUUGACGGGUGGUGUUACAGUUUUUGUUGCCUUAUAUGAUUAUGAAGCUAGAACAUCAGAAGAUCUCUCUUUCAGAAAGGGUGAACGAUUCCAAAUAAUUAAUAACACGGAAGGAGACUGGUGGGAAGCAAGAUCUAUAGCCACUGGAAAAAACUGGUUAUAUUCCCAGUAACUAUGUUGCUCCUGCGGAUUCCAUACAGGCUGAAGAAUGGUAUUUUGGGAAAAUGGGUAGAAAAGAUGCUGAAAGAUUGCUCCUCAACCCAGGGAACCAGAGAGGAACAUUCUUAGUAAGGGAAAGUGAAACCACUAAAGGAGCAUAUUCCCUUUCAAUUCGAGAUUGGGAUGAAGUAAGAGGUGAUAAUGUGAAACACUACAAGAUCAGAAAACUUGACAAUGGAGGAUACUAUAUCACUACACGGGCGCAGUUUGAUUCACUGCAGAAGCUUGUAAAACACUACUCAGAACAUGCUGAUGGCUUGUGCUAUAGGGUUAACAACUGUGUGUCCCACUGUGAAACCACAAACCCAGGGAUUAGCAAAGGAUGCUUGGGAAAUUCCUAGAGAAUCUCUGAGACUUGAAGUGAAGUUGGGUCAGGGAUGCUUUGGCGAAGUAUGGAUGGGAACUUGGAAUGGAACGACUAAAGUAGCCAUCAAAACACUAAAGCCUGGAACAAUGAUGCCUGAAGCUUUCCUACAAGAAGCGCAGAUAAUGAAAAAGCUAAGGCAUGACAAACUAGUACCCCUUUAUGCUGUGGUUUCAGAAGAGCCAAUCUACAUUGUUACAGAAUUCAUGACAAAAGGCAGUCUUCUGGACUUCCUUAAAGAAGGGGAUGGGAAGUAUUUGAAGUUGCCACAGCUUGUUGAUAUGGCUGCACAGAUUGCAGAUGGUAUGGCCUAUAUAGAAAGGAUGAACUACAUUCACAGAGACCUCCGAGCUGCUAACAUCUUAGUGGGGGACAAUCUUGUUUGUAAAAUUGCUGAUUUCGGUCUGGCCAGGUUAAUAGAAGACAAUGAAUACACAGCAAGACAAGGUGCAAAGUUUCCUAUCAAGUGGACAGCUCCUGAGGCUGCCUUGUAUGGCAGAUUUACCAUCAAAUCUGACGUCUGGUCAUUUGGCAUUCUUCUGACAGAGCUGGUCACCAAAGGAAGAGUGCCAUAUCCAGGUACUGAA